AUGCAUAAAAUAAACAAGAAAUCUAUGGAAGGAAGUGAUAAUGUUGGUAAUAAUAACAAUGGGUAUAUUGCUCGGUUAAGAAGAUUGAAAAUACAAGAAGGAAUUCUGUCUUCAAAUGUAAACAAGGCAUACGACGAAUGUCAGGAAGUUAAUAAUAUACAUAUUGAAGAAAUGAAAAGUGUUGAAAAUCUAAAAAUAAAAAAAAAGACGUAUACGGAAAUUAUUCCAAGUCCAGUGCGAUUUAUGGUCAAAUGUCCUUUCAAAUGUGUAGAAGUCCAUCAAUUUCAAGAGUUCAUGAAGGCUAGCCCUAACCGUUGUGGCGGUUGGAACGAGUAUAACCACAAUAUAUUUGUUAAAAUUUGGAAUAAAUAUAAUGGAAAUGUGGUAUUUACAUCAAAAUCUAAUGGCAAUUAUUCAAGCGAACUUAUGCAAGAAUUUAUAGACGAAAUCUUACAAAAAAUUGCAGAUGCAAGAUUUGAAGAUAUUUAUUCACAUAUCGAAUGGUAUUCGCAGUAUAUUAACCUUAAAAUGUGCCAAAAAAAAGCUCUUGAUAAAUGGAAGGAAAAUAAGAUCAAAAUUAAAAAGCCGUUUCGGGAUGCCAACAAAUACAAAAGUAUAAGUCAUCCGGCUAGUGAUGUAAUUGGUUUAGCAUCAGAUAAAAAUAAAGGAUCAAAACUCGGCAGUUCUCUUAAUUUACACUGUAAUUCAUCUAAUGUUAAACGUGGCACUAUAAAUUCACCAAGUACAUUAGAAGUUUCAAAGUUUGUGUAUUGUACUAAGUAGUGGAUGAGCAGAUGUGAAAGUGCGAAAGAAAUUUCUAGAUCCGAAUCUGAUAUUGAAAAUGUUUCGAAAUUACGUAUUCCAUCUUGGAGUAUAAGUCUCGAAUCUGUGGAUAAAAGCUAAUAAAUUAAAAGGUAAUUAAAGCCUAGUGAAUAUGACUUUAUUUGGGCGAGUUAGGCGUGCGUAGUGAUUUCGCUUUGUUUGACCAAAUAUUUAUAUUUGUUGUAAAUUUGCCAGUUUUACAAAUAACAUUCACAUAAACUGAGCUCUCUAACUUUAUUGUUAUCAAAUUAUUUAUUAUUUCAUAAAACGCGAAACAAAAGUCCAGUGUGAUGCUACUGAACGAUCCAAGUUUGUGUAUAUAGUUCACUAUUUUGAUGUGUAACUAAACCAAUAAUUCGACAAUGCAUAUAUUUACACUUUGAAUUAUUUUUUUAUACUAAUACAAUUAAUAGAUCUUCUGAUUACGGACAAAUGAUUGACAUUUGUCCAAAUAUCAAUCAUUGUCGAGAUCUCAAUUUGUCCGUAAUGUAAAUUACAAAGAAUGAUUUAAGUAAAAAAAAAACAAUACGUGUAUUAAAACAUGCUAGAUCCGAGUGAAGUACCUAUGCCUGCACUACACUACGCUAGUUACGAGUAAAUAUCACAGAAUGACAUACGUUAUUUCAUGAACAAAACAAUACAUUAUU